UGUGUCUCGAUAGGACCAACUCGGUUACUUGAUGCACUUGACUCCGUGUGUAGGUUUUCAGCUCAGAGCGUGCUCAUCCUCCAGUCGGUGCGCAUGCAAGCAGAACGGAAGGUGGACUGUCAGUAGAUUAGACACGUCGUCGUCGAAGAAGUCGGGAUAACAGGAACGAAAAGCGAGGCAACAGAAAGAUGCCCUCAUUUGGAAGAACAGGUUCGCUACUGCUGCUGUCUCUUGUUAUCUUCAGUGGAAUAGGCUACCUCUGGCUCCCCUCAUAUGAUAUGGUAGAGGACAAGAUUGAAGCCCCGAUAAAAAAGUGGUCCCCGCCCACUGGUCAAGUGAAGCCCGCGGCUUCCUGCACUUGCCCAGCGAAGUCAUAUGAUCUGGCAGGGAGCAUUCCUACUGCCAACCGAGAAGACAUUCAGAAACGACGGGCAGAGGAGUACAAGAAGCACCAGGCUAGAACAAGCUCCAUUUUGAACACACUCCUCUUUGCUCCACCCAACUCUCCACUGCAGUAUCCCAUUCAGGGUUUCACAGUACGCCCCUUGGUCCCCACUCUCAUUCCAGGUUUAGCGUUGCACGGGGUUCAAAGAAGCAGCUAUAAGGUAUCACUACAGGUCACCAAAGGUGUCCUCAGUCUAGGGAGCCAGAGUGAAGCACAAAGUGUCGAAGGUGGCGGAAAGAAAUUGCUGAUCUUGGAGAAGCUCAGCUUAGAGGAACUCAACAAACUUCUGGCGAAGGUCACCUACACCAUUCCUGUGUACCACAUACACACCGGAGACCUGGUUCACUUCUCGUUUGAGCUUCAUGAAGCUGUGUUCCCCAUCACCAUUCGGCAACCAACCGUACCUGUUCUUUUCGACAUGGGAACAAACAUUAGCGACCAAGUGACAGUCACCACCAAGACCUUUAUGCGCUACAAAGAGUUGAAGGUCCUCAUAAGAAGCCUCAGGCAAUUCUACAAAGACGUGGUGCUCAUCGUAGCCGAUGACAGCUUUACUCCAGAAAAGAUCACAGAAGAAAAUGUUCUGCAAUACAUCAUGCCUGGGGGACAGGGAUGGUUUGCCGGCAGAACCCUGGCUGUCUCUCAAGUCACCACCAAGUACUUUCUUUGGGUGGAUGACGACUUUCUAUUCACUGAGAAAACAAAGAUAGAGGAUUUGGUGGAGGUGAUGGAGGCAACACCAGAGUUGGAUGUGGUUGGGGGUUCGGUUUCUGGAAACCAGUUCUACUUCUCCAUCGCCUAUGAGGAAGGCGAUGGUGUUGCUGGAGGCUGUAUGGACAGGAAGUCCGACAUAAAGUUCCAAUCACUACCAAAUUACCCACAAUGCUCCAUAGUCCAUGGGGUGGUCAACUUCUUCCUGGCUCGUACCGACGCUGUGAAUCGAGUGAGAUUUGACCCCAAGCUGAAGAGAGUGGCACAUUCAGAAUUCUUCAUGGAUGGUCUUGGCCAGUUGAUGGUUGCUUCGUGCGGCCAUGUUUCCAUUGGCCAUCAGCCGAGAGGGGCCAAUGCUCAAUACGGUCGGUUCAGACACCCUGGAAAGGGUGAUGUGCAGUAUAAACUACAGCUGCACUACUACAAAAACCAUCUCCAAUGUAUCCACUACGGAUAGGAAGAAUCCCGACGGAUCCAUACGCUAUAAGAGAAAGUUAUCUUCCAGUACUAUGCAUGUUUUCCCAUAAACAACCACUACUGGCUUGAGUUGUUGCUACAGUAAUAGCUUAAUCAUUUUCAGGGUUAGGGUUAGGUUUAUGUUGUAGAGAUAUUUAUAUCUCUGUCAUUCAGCAAAUUCCUGUAGAAAAGUGACAUAGUGCGGGUUUAAAGCUGUAUGUAAUUUUGUUUCAUUAAUGCUUCUUUUUAUUUAGAAGUAAAGACACUUUGUAAAGAAGACACUGGUAAAAGUACUGAUUCAGCCUCUUCUCCCUUAAAUAAGGCCACGGAUUUUGAAUGUCUUGUCACUGCUCUAAAUCUGCUCCGUCUGCAUUGUUUGCUGGUUUACUUUUAUCCAUCCUCAAUCAUCAGCUACUAAUUCUCCAAUAGACACCAUUUCUCUGCCAGGAAGUCUCCCUCGCCCCCCUUCAAAUAUAAUCACUGAUGGUGAGGGAUCAUUUAACUGUACCCUUAGAAGGAUGUUAAUCAAUAUCUUGCCUUAUGUGCUAUAUGAAUAGGUUCUUGCUUCUUUGAAAUCAUUGAAUUGUCAUUUAAUGUUCCGCGCCACCAGUAUUUAGUAAUAUUCAGGCCUGGGGACCAAUGUGAAACCAAGGCAGCUUCAGCCAGAGGGAUUCAGAUAGACAAAGGGUCGAUACGGUUUGUAUAAGGACAGGUUACAACUCUGGUAUGAAGAGUUUGCAAAGGUGUCUCCACUGCUUUAAUAAACAAGAUUGUCACGUA